AUGUCACCAUAUGUCCCUGCAGCCGACAGGGGUGCUCGCCAGCAUGUAGAUGACGCCGAAGACUUGGGCAUCAACAACACGUGGGCUCGUCGUAUGUUGACGCGCCUGGCUCUCAAGACGACGGCGCAUUUCUACCGACCGCAGGCCCUGUGCGUGCCCAUCUCUCGGAAUCUCAUCGUCAAGCGAGGCGAAAGAUUUCAUCUUACCGAAGCAGCGACUAUGGAAUUCGUCGCCGCCCAAACCUCGCUUCCAGUACCAAAGGUCCAUUGUGCGUUUGUACACAAGGGCAUCACAUACAUUGUUAUGGAACGAAUCAAAGGAGAGGUUAUUGCUAGAAGUAUCAGGUCUCUCCCCAAAGAGGCGCUUGGGAAGCUGCUGGGACAACUACGGACCCUGCUGGAUGAGAUGAGAUCUUUAGAACCUCCGCCUCCAGGCACUGCUGUUGAGAGCUGCGUUGGAGGUUCACUUUGUGACACCCGUAUUCCUCGAUCCAAGCCUCGUUUUGGCCCAUUUGAAACAAUGGAGGAUUUUCAUUUAUGGUUACGGGAUGGUACGAAACUAGAAGAUCUAGAUAAUCGUGAGCAAACAGAUGGAGUAAGAGACGUCAGACGUAUGAUCACGCUCCAAGACUUGCCCCGAGUAAAGACUUGCUUCACACAUGGAGAUCUUAAUUCAUGCAACAUCCUGGUUCGUGAUGGCAAAGUCGCUGGGAUCAUUGACUGGGAAUUCGCCGGAUGGUAUCCUGACUAUUGGGAAUAUACGUCGGCUUGGUGCGGUAAUAUUAUUCGGCAAGACUGGCAAGAGUUGAUCCCUCAGUUUCUGGAUACGUUUCCAUAG